AUGGAAAUUGUAAAAAUUGAAUCGAAUUUACAGCAAUCGCCGUCGGCUGCCACACAACCAACGCCACUGCAAGCGCCGGCGGCGCCACAGCCACAGCCGCAUUCACAUGCCACAUUGCCGCCAACAAGUGUAUGCUCCGCGCAACAGCAACACCAUCUACCGCUCGAUUAUAGUUUGGGCAAUUUUAAACCUGCUGUUGCCGCUGAUUUUCCUACCAAUUUUGUUAGCGCCAGUGGCAUAGGUGGCGGCGGCGGCGGCAGCACAACAGGCAACAUGCCUUUGCGCGAUUUAAAUAUGCGCUCUAAUAUGGCUACAACAAUACCAAAUCCAACGCAAUUACUACAACAGCGCGUACAACAACAGCAGCACCAACAACAACAACAACAACAGCUACGCAGUGAUCAAACGCAGCAAGAUUAUCAGCCGGUAUCGGCAUUUAAAGCCGUUUUACCUAAAAAGAAAAUUGCCGACGACGAACUCGCCUUCAGCAUCAACCGCCUUGUCAAAUCGGAGCACUUGUCCAGCAGUCAUCAUCCCUCAGCGCUACUUGCCAGCACCAACACCAGUUCCGCCGCGUCUGCAGCUGCGAAACAUGAUGAAGACAACAACAACUCUAUUUGCAUAUUGAGCAAAAAUCAAAUACUUCAAUGGAAAUUACAACAACCACUGAGUAGCGUCAGCGAACAGCAGCAGCAUCCCUUCAUUGUGCGCGACAUAAAUUCCAGAUCACGCAGUCAUUCACGCACCUCAUCAUCACAAAUCGAUCUCGACGAUGAUAGCAAUUGCCGACGUUCGUUACAUUCACGUUCGCGUUCACGAUCGAGUUCGGUGGAACUUGAAGUGGAUUCGCCGCCACCGCCCGCCUCAUACCACACCACCCGCUCCAGUCCAACUAGUGUGUCGCCGCCGCCGCCGCCGCCCCCAACGAACACAACGGAAUUCUUGAUUAGCGCGAGUCCAAAAAAGUCUGAAAUGUUUUCGGUAUCAGCGCUAUUGCGACGCGAUGAGCCAACGCAUGGAGCGGCGACGGCGGCGACAAUGCGUCCGACGCAAAAAUUGCACGCGACCGGUGGUUUAGCCGUAGGUGGUGUGAAUCCCUUCGAAGCAUUUCGCAAUGGUUAUGCGAGUAGUGGAGGUGGCGGCGGCGGCGGUGGCUAUGAGCCGCCAUUCUUUCAAAGACCGCUGCUGUCACCCGCCUUUCCGUUCGCUUUUGCCGCCAUCGCAUUCCACCAGGGCCAGCAAUCUGGUCUGACCUCAGCCUACCAUCCCGCUUCGCAGGAAGAUCUCUUUCGUCUACGCAAUCUGAUGGUGCCGCUGCAGGCGGGCCAAAAUGGCGAUGCGUCUGGUCUGCCGCCGAAUUCCCAUCUUGGCUUGCCACAUCCAUCGCAUUUGCACUUUCACCACAUGGCUAAAUGGCCCGGCCUGCCGCAAUUCAGUGACCUUUACUCAUGCAUGAAGUGCGAGAAGAUGUUCUCCACGCCGCACGGACUCGAAGUCCAUUCACGGCGAACGCAUCACGGCAAGAAGCCCUACGCUUGUGAGCUGUGCAACAAGACCUUCGGUCAUGAAGUUAGUUUGAGUCAACACAGAGCUGUUCACAAUGUAGAGAAGGUAUUCGAAUGCAAACAAUGCGGAAAGCGCUUCAAACGUUCCAGCACGCUGUCUACACAUUUGCUAAUUCACAGCGAUACGCGGCCUUAUCCGUGCAGUUAUUGCGGCAAGCGUUUUCAUCAAAAAAGUGAUAUGAAGAAACACACCUACAUACAUACAGGCGAAAAACCCCACAAAUGCACGGUGUGCGGCAAGGCGUUCAGCCAGAGUUCCAACCUCAUCACACACUCACGCAAACACACCGGCUACAAACCGUUUGCCUGCAAACUCUGCCACAAAUCGUUCCAGCGCAAGGUCGAUUUGCGACGCCAUAAAGAGACCCAACAUACCGAUCUGCGACCGCUAAUCGAACGCAAUCUCGGCGGCAAAGUAGAGUUCAUGGCGGCUGCAGCAGCGGCGGCGGCAUCACAAAUGGGCCAACAUGAAGGCCUGGCGCCACCCCUGGUGGGUGGUCAUCAUGAUGGCGGUGGUGUAGGGAGUAAUAAUAUGGGCGCUGCUGCUGCGGCAGCGGCGGCGGCGGCAGCAGCUGCAUCCUCUAUCAAUACGCAAUUGGCAUCGAUGAAUUGUCAAAAGGUAUCGUUGCUGGUAUAACAGGCACAAUAACAGCGACAACAAUUGCAACUACAGCAACAACAACAUGAGAGAUUAUUGGAGCAACAGCGAAUGCUGCAGCAAAGCCUCAGAGUCGAUUAGAUGUGGAUGCUGGGGAGAAAAAAAAAACAAAAAAAAAGCAUAAAAACACUAACAACGAUUAAGUGCAAUAAGAAGUGAAACCAAAUAAAUACAAUUAUAUAUAAAAAAAAAUUCCGGAAUAAGCGCUUACGAAAAAUUCCAUGUACAGUUAAUUGGUCUAUAUAUAUAUAUAUAACAAAAAAAAAAAAACGCAGUUGAUGCAUCUUUUCAUAUUUCCAGUGUUGCCAAAGCGAAGCAAACGCUCUGCGCUUAUUUUUUAUAUAUUUUAAUUUGUAAAAAAAUUAUAUUAUAUAGUAUAUUUUUGUAAACUUAAGAUUCUCUAUAGCUCGCGAAAGAAAACAAAGCAAAGCUUGUUAUCUAGCUCACCUCUUAGUUGCUUGCAUUUUGUUGCUUGUAUAUUUUAUAAAAUUUUUUUUGUUAUUUUUAAUUCCUACAAAUAAGACA